AUGGACCUUGUCUGGGGCUCUGAAACAACCUCAAGGUUUGAGGCUUUCCGAGCCUUAAGGCCAGAGGUACCAAGCUUGCCCUCUCUCUCACAGGCAAAUAAAAACAUCAAACUUGCAAAAAGACAAGCAAAUUAUAACCAAGACAGUAUAACCUCCCCUUGUGAAAAGACAUACUGUGGCCAAGGAAGAAGAUGUGUUGUCAGUUUAAAAUCUGGACUACCGGAAUGUGUUUGUGUGGAAAAAUGCAAGCAUCACUAUAUGCCAAUAUGUGGAUCAGAUGGAAAGUUUUAUAGAAAUCACUGUGAACUUCAUCGGUCUUCCUGCUUAUAUAGAAAGAAAAUCUACAUCAUCCAUAGCAAAGAAUGUUUCUUCAAAGGUGACAGCUGUACUAUGGCUGACUAUACCCGGCUUAAAAAGAUUCUACUUGAUCUUCAGACAAAUCAAAAUAAUCUACAAAGUGGUCAUCAGGAAGAUAAAAUAUCUCAAAAACGAGCACUAGUAGAAGACAUGUUUAACUGUAUGGAUGUAAACAGUGAUGGUCAUUUAGACCGCUCCGAACUGGCUCAGCACACAAAACAGGUGGAGUUGGAAGACCACUUCUUGGAUUGCACUGUAGGAGAUCUGCUUCGAUUUGAUGACUACAACAUUGAUGGCUAUCUAACACUCCCAGAGCUCUUUACUGCGUUCCAAGUCAUCCAGCUCACCCUUGAUAACGAUAAGAAAGUCAGUGUAACAACCGUAACGGUUGGGUUAAGUACAGUCUUGACUUGUGCAAUUCAUGGAACCUUACGCCCUCCAAUCAUAUGGAAACGAAAUGGGGUUAUAUUAAACUUCCUAGAUCUGGAAGAUAUAAAUGAUUUUGGAGAAGACAAUGCUUUAUAUAUUACAAAAGUAACAACCAUUCACAUUGGAAAUUACACAUGCCAUGCUUAUGGCUAUGAGGACCUGUACCAGACCCACAUCCUUCAGGUGAAUGUGCCUCCUGUUAUAAGGGUGUAUCCAGAAACUCAAGCUCAGGAACCUGGAGUAUCUGCAAGUCUAAAAUGUCAUGCAGAGGGUAUACCUACCCCUAAAAUUACGUGGCUAAAAAAUGGUAUGGACAUAAUGCCAAAGUUAUCAAAACAACUUUCAUUAAUAGCAAAUGGAAGUGAGCUUCAUAUUCCCAGUGUCCGCUAUGAAGACACAGGAGCCUACACAUGUAUUGCUAAAAAUGAAGUCGGGGUGGAUGAAGACAUAUCUUCUCUCUUUGUAGAAGAUUCUGCCAGGAAAACCCUUGCAAACAUUCUUUGGAGAGAAGAAGGCCUGAGUGUGGGGAACAUGUUUUAUGUUUUUUCUGAUGAUGGAAUCACAAUAAUUCAGCCAAGAGAAUGUGAGAUUCGCAGGCAAAUCAAGCCCAGUGAGAAAAUCCUUUCAAAUUACGAACAGAUGUGUCAAAAAGCUGAAGGUGAACAUCAGUCAUGCUUGUGGUCUUCAGCUAUCAACGUGAGGGACAAGUAUAUUUACGCCACACAGCCAAAACUAAACAGGGUUUUGAUGAUUGACAUCCAAAUGCAAAAAAUAAAAAAGUCUAUAGAUGUUGACCCUUUUCCAGCCAAAUUACUUUAUGACAAAUCGCAUGACCAAGUGUGGAUACUUAGCUGGGGCGAUAUAAAUAAAUCACAUCCCACAUUACAGGUCCUAUCGGAAGCAAGUACAGGAGAAAACCAACAUAUUAUCCGCACAUACUUCGAAGAAGUGGAUGAUAUUUUUAUUCCUCCGACCAAUCUAAUUAUUAACCAUAUUAGGUUUGGCUUCAUCUACAACAAAUCCCAGGCAGCAAUUCACAAAAUUGACCUUGAAACUGUGACAAUUAUAAAGACCAUCAGCUUCAACAAUUACAGUUGUGUCCCGCAACACAUGGCUUAUUCCCACUUGGGUGGCUAUUAUUUUGUGCAGUGUAAACAGAACAAAUCCUUAGCUGCAAUACCUCAGGUAAUAAUUGACAGUGUUACAGAUACAGUCAUAGGGCCUAACAGCGAGGUAUCCGGGACACCCUACAUUUCCUCUGAUGGACAUUAUUUGGUCAGUACUGAUGACGUGAAUGGCCAGAUCAAAGUUCAAACUAUUACUUUUCAAGGAGAAAUUAAGUUGAUCUAUGAACUGCAAACAAGCAUUCUUGUUUCUGAUGUGACAUUUCAGUCAUCCUUCAGUGAGGGUAAUCAAUAUUAUGUCUAUGCUACAUCACUUUUGGAAGCAGAUGUCUUUUUUGUUGAACUGUCUUCUGGAAGGACAGACCUGCUGAAAAAUCUCAAAAAUCCAGUAGCACAAAAAGACUGGCCCUGGAAUAAGAAAAACAGAAUUAUAAAAGGAAGCGGUUUAUUUGGACAAUAUAUGUUAACACCAGCUGAGGAUUCCAUCUUUAUAAUCAAUGGGAGGCAAAGUAUAUUACACUGCGAGGUCUCAGGAAUCAAGCGGGGAAACACAGUCGUUUGGGUGGGAGAAGUAUGAAAAAGCAAGACUUUCAGCCUCCAUGGAACUUUAUGCUGUCCAUUAUAGCAGCAAACUUGUAUAUUUUUACAUUGAAGAGAACUUCAUGGUGCAACACCGGUCAAGAGCUUGCAAAUUUUAUAGUAACUUCUAAUAGGAGGAUUUUUUAGUAUAAUUUAAAUUGUUUUUGCCUUAUGUUGUUAAAAAAAUAAUAAUGUCACAUACAUACAAAGGGUUUACAAUCAUUGCAGUUAAAGCUCAGUCUGAGGACUGAAUAUUUACAUCUACAUAUGUUCAUGCAUACAUACAAUUAAACUCCAUCCUAUAUAAAAGUGUAGUCCACGACACUUCUGACAGCUCUGAUAUAAUUGGGCAAUUAUUGCAUGAGAUUAUUAUAGAAAUAAUUUUAUUCUGCUAAGAAAAGCUGCAAAAUUAAAGAUAUGUCUCUCUAAAUACCUGGAAACACACAGAGGUACUAUCUUUAAGCAGCUUGCGAAUUGGCUAUUUAGAGUACACAAACAUGGAUUAGUACACCAAAAAUUGGAUUGUUUUUCUUAUCGCAAUAUUUUGCUUUAGUUUCUGUUGGCUAAAUUUUUUUGACUCACAAGUAAACAAGUAGCAA